GCCAUCGCGCAGUCACAAGCUUCCGUAGAGAGGAGCUGCAGCAGGUGAAGAUGACGAAGAGUAAGGCUGAUGAGGAAGAAUACUGGAACAGCUCCAAGUUCAAAGCGUUCACCUUUGAUGAUGAAGACGAUGAGUUAAUCAGGUUAAAAGAGUCGAGGCAGGCAGUGAACAGUAUUCGGCCCCUGGUGGAUGAAGACGAUGACGAAGACGAUGUGGAGAAGGUCAGCUGGAGCGGAGAGCCAGUCGGCAGUAUCUCCUGGUCUGUCAAAGAAACAGCCGCAUCCAAUCAGAGGACAGACAGAGAGCCCGCCUUCCCCAAAAUCCCCACAGACACACCAUCACUCAGCAAGAGCCAAUCAGGAUACUCUCUAAGCUCUCUGUUCAAAGGAAAAACUAAAGGAGGAAACUUCCAGAGCUUCACGGACACGUUCAGCGAGUCGUCUGUCAGACUCUAUGCUCCUGAGCUCCGAAAACCCAAAUCUGAAUACAAGGAUUAUGUCAGUGAUUGGUCGCCUGAGGAGACAAUUCAAAGACUGCAGCAAGGAAAGACGGCACCUCUGGAGAAGUUCCGGUCUCUGCAGGACAAACUCCUGCUGCUGGAUUUUGCCGUCAGCGCUCACGAUGGAAACGUCAUCACUGCUGUUUUAAUUUAUUUAAAGAGGACUCUGAGUAAAGAGGUUUUGUUUCGGGAGCUUGAGUCCAGACAAACGGCUCUGAGACAUUUUAUCCACUACCUGACUGAGACCAAAGACCAGAGGCUGCUGCUGGAGCUGCUCAGAGCUCUGGGCAGGACGGAGGACGUGGCGCUCCUUCAGUAUAAAGAACAUCUGAGCAUUGCAGAUGAAAACAAGAGGCGGGACUUCCUGAAGAGCUGCCUCAGCCUUCCGUUUUCUGCAGAGGACUCUGCUCAUGUUCAGGACCACUACACGCUGCUGGAGAGACAGAUCAUCAUCGAGGCGACCGAUCGGCAGGCUGAGCGUGGAGGGAAGGUUGAAAUUUUCCAGAAGUUUCCCAGAAGAGCUUCAAUCCUCAACAUGCCGCUGAUCACAACACUGUACUACUGCUGCUUCUACCACUACACCGAGGCGGAGGGAACCUACAGCAGUCCGUUGAACAUCCGUCAGACUUUUAAGAUCUCGGAGAAACAGUACUUUGUGACGGCGUUGGCGGCAAGGGCGAAGCUGAAGGCGUGGUUGGACGUAGACGCUCUGUUCACCAGCAGGAACUGGCUCGGCUUCACCAGGAAGAAAUCUCCACUGAGCUUCCAUCGAGUUGUCGACAUCCUGCAGAAGAACUCCGCCCCCACACGGGUGCUGCAGGACUACGUUGGGCUUGUUGAAGACCCGGACACGAGGAUCAGUUUAGCUCAGAAACAUAAAUGUCACGACAUCGUCAUCAACACCUACCGGGACAUGAAGGACCGGCAGCUGUUGCUAGGAUACCGGGGGAAGGUGGGGCGAGGCUCGGCAGAGGAGAGGAAGAUCGACGAGCUGCUCAACAACCAGCAAAUCCGCUGGAAAAAUUGAGAACAGCAUGCAGUCUCAGAGACUUUUGUUUGGAGUUUUACCGCGUGAGAUGAGGCUGAGGACAACAGGAGAGUCCAGUCGGCUCACAUUUGCAUCCAUCUCUUUGGUUGCUGAGAGGAGCGCUUCAUGUGACUCCUCCCACAGAGCACAGGGUGGGCGGAGCUUAUUUUUCCACCGAGUCAUUGCCGUGGCUUCAUCGUCUUCUUGCUGAGUCAUCGCUUCGACAUUCCCAGAAUCAUCAGGAUACUGACCUCCGUCCAGGCAGCAGUAGUGGAAGCAUGCCUCCUUGGUGGAGGAAGGAAAGAGCCAUUCUACAGCUGGAUUUACAUUUCAAGUUUAUUGACGUUUUCUUCAAAACUACAACAUCUGACACAAGAAGGAAAAAACACGUUCUGAUGUCACACAUUCUCUGCUCCCUGCGUUUCAUUUAGUUUUAAAUUUGGCAUCAGGUUCCUAAAGUGACAGCGAUGGCCAUGUCCACGUUUUCAGUUGAGGAAUUUUCUGUGGCAAAAAAAAUGAUUAAAUAGCAUUAACUCUUUGAACUCUAAGCAGUUUCUGAGCAUUUUUUUUUUUUUACCUCCUGUCACAUUUUUACUCACUGUGGGCUCAUUUUUGACAGCAAUGUAAAGUCCUGCACCCCUAUGGAAACAGAAUAACCAUGACUAAAAUGAUGAGAACUCAAGCUGUUUUUUUUUUUUUUUGCAGGAUAACUGUUAUAAUACCACAUAUAAUAAAAAAUUGAAAGUUGGAA